AUGCCACCAGUCGGCGACUCUUUCGCGCCCAUCCUUGAGCCAGGCGGCUCUGAUAUCCUCCUACACCGCGAGGCUGGGGAUAGGUGCCUUGGGUUACUUUUGUGGGCGCCCGUUUGGCGGUCGGAGGGUCCUCUUGCAGAUGUUGCUCUAGAUCAGCUCAAGCGAUAUAAGGGAGAAGUUGGACAUCAGGCUUGCCAGCAGGACCUCUCAGGAGAGAAAAGUGAGCAGUCCCUUUUUCCAGAGCUUAGGGAGAUCACUAUGACAGUGCUAAAUACAGGUUUUAUGGACGGGUUCGACGGAUAG